CAACCCUACACAUUGUUGUUGUCACCCACCAAAAUACCUUGGUCUCAAUAAUGCGUUACUCUCUGUGGUGCUCCAUUUUUGGGGGUCUUGUUGGAGGCGCCUCCGCCACCCAAGCAUCUCCAGCUCACGUGCAGGAGCUCAAGGAACGUUGGGGUGAAGAUUGGGCAUUUUCAGGCAUUACUACUUUUGGCCACUUGGAGCAUGUCCAUUGUCUCACCAAUCCCGACACGCCAUUUGACAUCGGGAUUAUUGGCACGCCAUUCGACACGGCCGUGAGCUAUCGACCUGGUGCGCGCAUGGGCCCGCGUGCCAUUCGCACCGCCUCUGCUCGCCAUAUCCCAUCGCGCGCCUUUCAUGCCGCAGCCCAAAUCAAUCCAUAUCAGUCAUGGGCACGCGUGCUGGACUGCGGUGAUAUCCCCGUCACUCCAUUUGACAACGCCGUCGCCGUUCAUCAAAUGACCGAGGCCUACCGGGAGCUGGGCUCCCGGAGGACAACCACCGGGACGGGCAAGCCCAAGCUCAUCACCCUCGGUGGAGAUCAUCUCGUGGCGCUUCCCGCCCUCCGAGCUCUUCGCGAACAGUACGGCGAGCCCGUGGCUCUCUUGCAUUUCGAUUCCCACCUUGACUCGCUGCAUCCCGAUCGGUACCCCUCAGCUUGGACUUCCAUGCAAUCUCAGUUUAACCACGGCUCCGUCUUCUGGAAUGCCAUGAAGGAGGGCUUAAUCUCGAACUCCUCAUCUCUACAUGCCGGUAUCAACACCCGUCUGAGUGGGAAUUCCUUCCAGGACCUAGAAGACGACGACAACCAGGGUUUCCUGCGCAUUGCCGCCGACGAGGUUGACACGAUUGGCGCGGCUGGCAUCGUCGAUCGCAUUCAUCAGCAUAUCCCGAAGGAUCAGCCAGUCUACAUGAGCAUUGACAUCGAUGUAUUGGAUCCCGCGUUUGCCCCGGGAACGGGAGCCCCUGAACCAGGUGGUUGGACCACGCGAGAGAUGAUCAAGAUCUUGCGGGGUGUCAUGGAUCUCAACAUUGUCGGAGCUGACAUCGUCGAGGUGGCCCCGGCCUACGACACUCCAGGGGGUGAAACUGCAUAUUUGGCGGCAAAUUUGGCGUACGAACUGGUCACUGGCAUGGUGGCCCGAGAACAGAAGUCCCGGGCGCCGGCGGGCGGGCAACGAAUGCCGGUAGGGAUGAUGCAAGAGCCCAACGAAUAUGAGGUGUGCUACCGCCUCAAUCCCGGCGCUGAAAACGUCCUCAAUGGGCUGUUGAAGCAAAUCAGCUAGCCAAUUCAUGAUAUGAGCCCGGUGGUGAAGGGUUCCGUCCUGUCGCCCUGAUGAGAUCCGGAACGGGCCCGCGUCGCAUCACAACCAUGUUUACAGGGUACCUUUAGCCGACAACAGGUCCGUCCGUACGGCCUUCUCAAAAGGUACUGUUGCAGCAAAUGAUGCCUCUGUCUUGCCAUGGGGUUCAGUACAGCGCAUAUCACAGGCGUAUAUGGUCAGCAUGACACGCAAUAAUUACGAUUUUCGUUUCUCAUUUCGUUUAUCUAAAUAUGAUGUAAUAGAAAAGGUGAACAUUCAUG